AUUGAGAUUGUCUGGAGGAUAACUGGCUGCCCCUGAAACAUACUUUCUCACAGUCAGUCAGAGGAGUCUGAGCUGCAAACACUUAUUGUGGUUUUAACUGUCAGAAGAGGAGCAUCACCUAAACGACCGUGUUUCCGUCACCAGCAGAUACUCAACAGGUCAAAAACCAUGUUAGGCUUGCAGAAACUUCCUGUUACAGUGGCUCUGUGCUUGUUUCUCCUGGCCACACUGUUACCCGGCUCUGAGGCCCGUCGUGGAGGUGGUGGCUUUGGCCGAGGAAUGCGAGGCGGGGGCUACAACCGGGGCUACAGCGGUCAGGCCUACAGACCAGCACCUGUCCAGACCGGUGGGGCCAGUGCAGGGAAGGUAGCCGGGGCAGCUGCUGCUGGGGCAAUAGGAGGAGCUAUGCUGGGGUCUGCCCUGAGCCGCCCGGGGUAUGGGUACGGUGGAGGAUACGGAGGAUAUGGAGGAUAUGGUGGAGGAUAUGGAGGAGGGUAUGGAGGGUAUGGAGGGGGAUAUGGCUACCCACGCUAUGGAGGUGGAGGCGGCGGCUACAGGUCUGAACCAGAGGGCUCUGGAGAUAUGGGCUACUACACUGGAGCAUCCAGUGGGCCCAUCUACAACAGCAUCAUCGUUGUCAUUGGCUCCCUCAUGUCCCUGCUGCUGGGCCACUGGGUGGCAGUCAUGUAGAGCCGGACAAGGAGCUGAGAUCCUCAAAAAUAGACACAGAACCAACCCACCCCUGUUCAAAAAUAACCCGUGAUCUGCCCGUGAAGACCUCUAAACCGCUGAAGAAUGAAAAUUAGCUGCAGCUAAUUGGUUUUUCCAAUGCUUCAGUGACCCUCCGUGAGGACAAGAAGAUGAAUUUGACAUAUCAGUGUGACCCCGUCUGCAGAUGUCCCACUAAACAUGAAUCUGAUUCAGUAUGUUAUGAAUAAUUCUUGAGGAGAAAUCUGAUCAAGAAUAAGUUAGAUGUUUAAUCAAGUGUAGUCUACCUCAAGAUACGGUCAUAACCAGUUUAAGAGCAGCUGUGCACUUGAUUUAAUAAUGCCAUUUUCAGUAUAUUUCAUCAAUUAUCUAGAUCAUUUAGACUUUUUUUUCCCUUCUGAUCUUUAUAUUCAGAAGUUUUUUUUUUCAAGUAUAUUGCUUGUAAACAGACAGCUUUAUAAAGUAAAGUACACAUUUUAUGCUAUUUUGUUGUUUUUUUUAUGGAAAAAAGAUAAAGAGGUUUCCAUGUUUAAUAUUGUUAUAUAAAUAAAUAAAAAAAUGCCACAACCUA